AUGGAAGAUUCGGAAAGUAAUGUUUCCUAUUCUUCUUCUUCUUUUUGUGAAGAAAACGAAGCUUUACAGGAUGAAUUUUUCGAACUUUUACUAUUAAAUGAACUUAUUGAUACAGGAUUACUUGAUAAUUCUGAAUCAGAGUAUGAAUGAAAUGAUAGUGAUGCAGAAAAUGUUGAUACAGAUGACAAAAUAUUGGAGUUUUUAAGUCGUUUAGAUGGAAAAAUACUAGAUGAAAUAGAUCCUAUUCAGGAAAAACUUCAAAUAUAG